AUGCCUAAUAAGCCAACAAAACGAGGCUAUAAAGUAUGGACAAGGGCUGACGAAUUUGGUUAUGUUUGUCAGUUUAAAAUUUACACAGGAAAAACUAAUAACAUAGUAGAAAAAAAUUUGGGUGCUCGAGUUAUUAAAGAUAUGGUACGUGACUUGAUCGGAAAAUAUUAUAUAGUUUAUUUUGAUCAUUACUUUUCUUCUUCGAAAUUGAUGGCUGAUUUAUUAGAAUAUGGUGUAUUAGAUUGUGGUCAAUAUGAAUGGCAAGCCACAGUUACUGGAAUUAUCGCAAUAAAAUGGAAAGAUAACAAAGGUAUUCAUUUUUUAUCGAACUUUCAUGAUCUAACUCAAGAAAGUCAAGUAAAUAGAAAACAAAAAGAUGGAACUACACAAAUUAUCGUUUGUCUUCAACUUGUAAAAGAUUAUAAUGCCCACAUGGGGUAUGUUGAUAAAGCUGAUAUGCUGAUGACCUUAUACAAAAUUGAUCGCAAAAGCAAAAGAUGUGUACACAAUAGAGGGAAAAAAAUAUCACUCAAACAUUUUCGUUUAGCAAUGGCCACUGCAUUGAUUGGUAAUUCAAAGCCUUCACUACGUAGAGUGAAAAAAAUCAUUAAAAUUUAA